AUGGCUGAGGUCGAGGCCCCCGCCAUGGACGAAUCCUUCGCUGCUUCCGAGGUCGCAGAUGACCAAGCCCACGGCGCGACGGCCAGCGCGACGGUCGGUACGAGACGCCAGGCAAAUGGCACGAUUGGCUCUGUCUACUCCGGCAACAAGAUCCGACAUCUGAAAAAGGAGGAUGGAAUCCCCCUCUGGCGCAAGGAUAUACAAUACCAGUUUCUUAAACUCGUCUUCGAGGACAAGACUCCGGUCUUCACGCGAUACCCCGAUGGACAGAAGAACAUGGAUUUCGCCGACAUCUACAUCGACGCGAUGGCCAGGAGCAGCAAGACCAGUAAGAUAUUGAAGGACAAACUUCAGAAUGAUAAACCGGCUGCCAUUAGUAUGGCGAUGGUCUGUUUGCUUGUGAAUUUUGGUCGCAUGAACACCACCCUCAACUUCUUCCCCGAGAUGCGUGCCCAAUUACGAACCUACCACUCUAUCCCUUCGCUUCAAGCCCACCAGGACUCCAAUGCCUACAAACAGUUGCAGGAUGCGCCACGUCUGAAAUCCAUCCUGAAGGGUGCCUCCGAGGACGUCGAUCAGCCAAACACCCUGGACAAAAUCAAGCGCUUGGAUAUCCCACGGACAAACCCUGUCAAUCUCAUCUUUGUACUGGCACAAUAUGCCCCGAAAGUAUCGGAACAGCAUUUCUUCCCGCCGCGCGAUUUCUUCGACCUGGUCAUGCGAUCUACAUUAAGCAGCAAGAGUCGUGCCAGGGCAUUCCUGUGGCUUAUGUGGUGGUAUUUGGAGAGCGACUUUAGUCGCGAAGCUGCUCUGAAUAACCCGUUCGGCGCUGGCCUCGUAGACGACGACACUGGAGGCUUCCCGCUGAAGGUUCCCCGGUUCGAAAGCUUGACAGAGGAACAGGCAAAUGAGGAGAAUGUUGAUACCCCGGAAGAAGUGGAGUAUGGAGAGUCUAAAAGACUUGAGCGGAAACGAAUUUUGGAAGAGGAAGAGCCACUACCCCGCGUACCAAAACGCAUGAAGAAAGACUACGGCCUGGACGAGGAUUCUUUUGUGAAUGACUACUCUGGUCUCGGAGGGCGAGGCUCCGCCAUGUCUACGCCCAUCCCUACCUCUGCUAAACGCGGCCUAGAUGACGAUGACGAUGAGCUGACUCCAGGCAACUCAUCGCGACCACGCACCAAACAGGUCAAGCGAGAGCCUUCACUCAACCGAGCUGCGGGUCAGCAACGGCUUAUCUUGAAGACAAGAAUGGACCACACCCCAGAUGCCUCCCCUGCCCCUUCGGGCUCUAAUAAUCCGAUGGUGAAUCGUUUUAUUCCUGAGCCUUCGCUCUCUACAGCACCGGGCCGUCGACCACGUCCUUUGACACAGCAUCAGAUUGCUGUUGAGCAGAACCGUCGCCAACGCAUUGAUUACCUGUUGGCCAAGCGGAGGACCAACGCAUAUCGUGUGCUUCGCGCGAAGCGUAAUGCUGAAACGCCCUUUGUUCGGUACGGUCGUCUGGUACAAGGACUCCCGGAUGGUUACGAUACUGAAGAUGAAGAUUUGUCCUGGGGCAAGGGUGGUCUUCUCCCGAACCCUGAAGAAGAAGACGACUAUGGCGAAUGUGCCAGCUUCUUCCUCUCUGUGGUCCGAAAGGCAGCUCGGAGACUUGAUCGAUGGGAUUGUGAGGACGCCAACGGGCCAAAGAAGGACCGUCAGAAAGAGCGUGAGGAGCGGCAAAAAGCCAAGGCUACUCUGGAAGCCGAUAUCCGAGCUGCCAAUAACCGAUCUAAAGCGCGCCCUCGCGGUGGUGGUGCUCAAUCCAAGCGCAAGCCUACCGGUCCUGCAGCAACUCCUGGAACCGGUAAGAAGGCGGCCGCAGCAGGACGUUCGAAGGGUGCACGCAGUCGCCCUGCUGCUGGUGCCGGUCCUACUUCAUCGACUGUUGGUACUCCGAACUGGUACCCAGACCACGGCGAAGAGGUCGAGGGUGAACUCGAUGAUCUCGACCGUGAGCUCUUGGGCGAGGGGUCUGGCGAAGAAGAAGGCCCUGCUCGUGCCGGCGAUGAUGGAGAUUCAUCAGAUGACUCUGCUGAUGAGGAAGGUGAUGAAGAUGAGAACAUAUCCAACUACGAUGGCCCCAAUGGUUACGCACGGCAUGAGAGCUCGUCACCCGUUCCGUCAGGGGCAGCUGAACGACGCGAAGCUGGUGAUGAGGCGAUGGAGGAAUAA